AUGGCGGCAUGCCUUGACUACCGUAUGAGUCAGUAUGGGAGCCUGAUUAUGAUUCGGGUAUCGUACUUCUGCAGCGUGGCACUUGAACUUGGAUGGCCAUUGAAGAAGACGCGCUUGUGGCGUGGAAAUGGUGCGGGAGUGCUCGAUCAUUCUGCCACGUGGCACGUGUCCGGCCGAUCACACAUAUUUCAGGCUGUGCGCUGCAACGACAGAGACGAACAUAUUCCCAAUGCGAGCUUCAACAAUGAACAUCCACUCCCGGGUUCGCAUAGUGCGUGGCAAGCUUCAUGGAGGAUCUUCCCAGCACAUUCAUCUGUGCUGAGGCCAAACGUCGUCUCACGCUCGGUCGCUCAGAAAGGGUCGGAGCUGAGGCCGUCAACCAGUAGCGCAGUCCAUCCUCGCGUCGCAACAGUUACUGUCGUCCAACGCCGAAGCAGUAUGUCCCCGCGAAAGCCGUUCAAUUCGUCCAUUGGGUGUUCUCUCAAUGACUCUUCGGUGCUGGUCGGGACCUCUAAUUUUGAAGGGCCUGUCCUUUGGCUUUUAUUGGCUGUCAAAUUGUGGAAGGCCCAGUGCUGUUGUGAAGAGUGCCGGGACAACUCAGCCACGUAA